AGUUAGCAGAAUUUAAAAAGACUUAGUGACUGCUAGUACAAGUCACUCAGGUCGGAAAUCUGUAUAGGUCGAUGUGUCUUACUGUAGAUUGUCCAUUAUGUAAAUGGGGGUGCUCAGGUUGUAGUCUCACCCGAUGUAGAUCCAAAUCUUUAUUUAGUUUCCUAGUGUUAUAUAUUUAAAAAGAAAUCAGUAGUAAGUGAUUGAUAGUAACUUUUUCGUAACAUAUACAAGAGUUAAACAAGAGGCGUGUGUUUAGUCGAGUGUUCUAACUUUGAAUCCAUUUUCUUAACACUUCACUGUACGGUUUCUCCAGAACGAAAUGAGCUCCAGAUUCAAAAGACAUGUAGCGGGCAUAGAGACAAUGGUCAGACUGUACAAAAAGAUUUCCGAUAACCAUCACGUCAUUGCACAAGGGACUAGAGUUUCUGAGUUUAAAAGACAGCUGUCUCACACGGAAGAUCUUUCGGAGUUUAGCGUGUACUUCAGUCAUGCUGAUGGGACGUGUGAAAAAUUAGAGGAUGAUGACAUACUCGAUGAACGACUGCAGACAUGCGCACUUGAAUUAGUCCCCAAUAAUGAGUCAGCUACGCUUGAUGAGUUACACUUUGAGGCCUCCAGGGAUCUGAAAGAGCACAAGCCCUAUUCCUGGUUUUACACACUGUCUAAUGACGUCAGAAACCAACGCGUGACCCAAAAACAGGCGUUGUUGCUUGGUUACGCCAUGGAAGACUACUGGCCCAGCACUUUGAUGCUUCUCGGCUUUGAGAAGAGCAACGUGGAGAUACUCGUGCAGGACAAGAGGGGGCUCAACAUUCCCAAUGGCACCUGCGGCCUCAUCCAUUGGAUCCAGAAAUUCGCCAGCCGAGCCACCCUCCAGGCGCUGGUCGACACGUUACGGCUGCUUGAUGACGUCAAAACAGGCUUAAUAAACUGGGAUAAGAUCAUGCAUAUUGUCAAAAGUACAGUUUCUUGUGAGAAAUGUGCGUGAGAGAAAAUGUGUGGAGAAAAAUGUGUGUGAGAGAAAUGUGUGUGAUAAAUUUUUGGUGAGAAACGUGUGUGGAGAAAGUUUGUGAGAAAUGUGCAUAAGAAAUAUGUGUGAGAAAUUAUGUGAGAAAAAUGGGACUCUAAGACAAUCUUUGGACUUGUCUACAUUCUGCUUAAAUAUUUGUUUACCAAUACAAAACAUGCUAAAAAUGUGUUUGCGUGAUAAAGAAUAAGCCUACAAAAGCAAAUCACUACCACACCCUUACAGCACAGCAGAACAUCACUACAGAGGAGAAUCACUACAGCAUCAUAGCAACACAGCAGAAAAUCACUACAAAAGAAAAAUCACUACAGCAGAACAUCAAUACAACAGAAAAUCGCUUCAACAGAAAAUCACUACAACAGAAAAUUACUACAACAGAAAAUCAGCAGAACAUCACUACAGCAGCAAACCUUUACAAUAGCAAAUCACUAAAAAAAAAAGCGACUCAAUGUUCCUGAGAAGGACUACAUAGUGAAACACUUGAACACAUUUCCAGCAUCUAUAAAGCUUAGGAUUUGUUAUAAAGUUUUACUUUCGAUUUAACAUUGUCAAUGUGGUUUGCAAAUAUUCUUUAAUGUAUUUUACUAUGUAUGUUUUUCCAAUGUUGCAAAUUCAUUACCGACACUGGUGUAGCCUAUUUGGGGCAGAAUCAAUAAAUCAUGGGGAGCAUGAAGUAUAACUUUUUUUUGGGUGUUCACUGGCGUACAGUUAACGAGGAUGACCAGUGGUCAGCACACCGACUUUACUUUCCCCCACUAAUACCAAGAUCACAUUAAAGCUGGGUGCACUCAGGGACAAGUUUGUUGCACUCAGGAAUGCCUUAAAAUAAUUUAUGUUUUAAAAUCAACAUGUCACCGGGAUUCAAACGUGUAGUCCUCUUGGUUCAGAAGCCAAGCGCUUAAUUAACCAUGUGACGUGUUUGUGUGUGUAAAUAUAUUUCUGAUCAACGGUCUUUAGAUGCACUGUAUGAAAUGCGUCCUCUUGUUAUUAAUAAUAUGAUAUUAAGGUUGACUAUGAUAUUAAAAUUGCACUCAUAAUAGCUAAGAAGUUUUUGGAUGUCGUAGAGUGGAGCAGUGGCGUAGCAAGGUGCUUGUAGGCCAGGGUUCAAGUCAGUAGAGAGAUGUUUGUAAGACAAGUAGAGAGAUGUUUGUAAGACAAGUAGAGAGAUGUUUGUAAGACAAGUAGAGAGAUGUUUGUAAGACAAGUAGAGAGAUGUUUGUAAGACAAGUAGAGAGAUGUUUGUAAGACAAGUAAAGAGAUGUUUGUAAGACAAGUAGAGAGAUGUUUGUAAGACAAGUAGAGAGAUGUUUGUAAGACAAGUAGAGAGAUGUUUGUAAGACAAGUAGAGAGAUGUUUGUAAGACAAGUAGAGAGAUGUUUGUAAGACAAGUAGAGAGAUGUUUGUAAGACAAGUAGAGAGAUGUUUGUAAGACAAGUAGAGAGAUGUUUGUAAGACAAGUAGAGAGAUGUUUGUAAGACAAGUAGAGAGAUGUUUGUAAGACAAGUAGAGAGAUGUUUGUAAGACAAGUAGAGAGAUGUUUGUAAGACAAGUAAAGAGAUGUUUGUAAGACAAGUAGAGAGAUGUUUGUAAGACAAGUAGAGAGAUGUUUGUAAGACAAGUAGAGAGAUGUUUGUAAGACAAGUAGAGAGAUGUUUGUAAGACAAGUAGAGAGAUGUUUGUAAGACAAGUAGAGAGAUGUUUGUAAAACAAGUAGAGAGAUGUUUGUAAGACAAGUAGAGAGAUGUUUGUAAGACAAGUAGAGAGAUGUUUGUAAGACAAGUAGAGAGAUGUUUGUAAGACAAGUAGAGAGAUGUUUGUAAAACAAGUAGAGAGAUGUUUGUAAGACAAGUAGAGAGAUGUUUGUAAGACAAGUAGAGAGAUGUUUGUAAGACAAGUAGAGAGAUGUUUGUAAGACAAGAAGAGAGAUGUUUGUAAGACAAGCUUUUUUUUUGGAGUAUCCAGUAUACAAAAAGGAAGUGCUUAUAAGCUAUGUUUUUAAAACGUUUUGUGAUAAUUUUGUGCACAUUUUAGCACUACAGAAUCAAAUUGUUUAAACUUUUCUGUUUGUUACUUUUACUUACUUGGUCUACUUGCUAUUAGUAAUAUGAAAUUAAGGGUCAUAAUUAUAUUAGGAUAGCGCUUAUAAUAGCCAAGAAGUCUUUGGAUAUGAUGACAUCAUAUAAUGUGGAAAGAUGUUUUUAAAUUAAAGUUUAAACUUUUUAAAUAAUAUUUGUAAAAAAAAAGGGUUUUAAUAUGUAAAUAAUUGAUAUAUAUAUAUAUA